AUGACACCGAUACCAUCUCCCGUUUUACGUGCAGUUCCGCGUGAAGUAAUCAACAAGCUAUGGUCCCAACGAGUAACAAGACUUUCAUUGAAACAUUUGGCCACCGUUGGAAGACACGUAUUAGAAACAAAAAAUAAUACCGGCUUUCUAAUACCCGCCCAAUUUCUCCAUCAGGAACUUCCCAUCCGCUUCUCACAAACAUUAAAAAUGCUAAACUCACCAAACAUACCGCACAACAUGAACAAAACACCCACCUUCCAACGAUUCCGUGAAAAAUACUAUGAAUACAUUUGCCUGCUGGCGUCAAGCCCGAAACCGGACACUCUUGCGGCCGAGCAAUCAUUCACCGCGUUGAUAAGAAACAUUCAACGACAAAAUCGGUUGAACAUGCUUUCGUUUGGUCAGGCAUUUAGGGAUGUGCUCGAAUCGACGAAUACACCAAUCGAGGCGUUGGAUACGCCGGAAACGCGAGAAUUUUUUGAUAGGUUUUAUGCAAUGAAUUUGGGUACUCGUAUAUUGAUUGGCGAACAUUUGGCGCUACAUGAUGAAGGCAGGAACUUGGUGCAGAGAAUUAGCCCGUUACAAGUUGCUGAACGCGCUAUUCGUGAUGCGAGAAAAACAUGUGAAAAGCAUUACAAACGUUCGGCACCAGAAGUAAAAAUUGUAACGCCAAGCGCUUCAAUAACCACCACAUACAUAGAAGAACACUUGCACCGUAUUCUCUUUGAACUCUUAAAAAAUUCCCUACGCGCCACUCUUGAAUUCCAUCACUCGAGCCCCUCACUCCCCGCAAUAAAACUGAUCAUUGUCGAUGGCGGCGAAGACGUCACAAUUAAAUUAUCGGAUGAAGGUGGUGGUAUUCCGAUAUCUGCUUCGGAGAAAGUGUGGAAUUAUGUAUAUAGCUCAACGCCCAAUUGUCCGACUACUACUGCAACUCAGAAUUCUGAACAGAAAGUGCCACGAAUCAUAUGGCGUUCGGAUGAGGAAGGAAUACGGCUUGAGGGUGAAGCGCAACUAAAGAUUAAUGAUUAUACGGAUAUGCCGUUGAUUAGUUAUGGCCAUGGAUUACCCGUAGCUAGGUUAACUGCUAGAUAUUUUGGCGGUGAUUUAUCGCUCGUCUCCAUGGAAGGUUAUGGCACCGACACCUAUCUUUCACUAUACCGCGACGAUACACAUCUCGAAAAUUUUCCCGAAUUAUUAAGCACCACUACUUUACAAACUAUCCCGAAUGACGGAUUACGGUGGCUCAAUAACGAUAACGAUGGUGUGAUAAUAAAUGAAUAG